UGGAUUCAAUCUGCUCCUAUCAUGCUUCCUGCUGUUACCCGCCUAACUCUCCGGUGCUGUCGGCCCGGUACCGGCUCACUCAUCUUUACCAGAGCCAACGGAGACUACAGCUCAGACAAGAAGAACCCGCUGGUGUACAUGGAUUUGUCGGCUGAUAACCAGCCCCUGGGGAGGGUGACCUUUGAGUUAAAAUCUGAUGUGGUGCCAAAGACUGCAGAGAACUUCAGAGCCCUAUGCACUGGUGAGAAAGGAUUUGGCUAUAAAGGGUCCACAUUCCACCGAAUCAUCCCAAAAUUUAUGUGCCAGGGGGGAGAUUUUACAAAUCACAAUGGCACAGGAGGGAAAUCCAUUUAUGGAAGUCGUUUUCCAGAUGAGAAUUUUAUACUGAAACACACUGGGCCAGGAGUCCUCUCAAUGGCCAAUGCAGGUCCAAACACAAAUGGAUCCCAGUUCUUUAUCUGCACAAUAGAAACUGAAUGGCUGGACAACAAACAUGUAGUCUUUGGUUACGUUAAGGAUGGCUAUGAAGUAGUUGAAAAAAUCGAGAGCUUUGGAAGUAAAAAUGGGCGUCCCACCAAAAAGGUGAUCAUAGCGAACUGCGGGGAGCUUUCCUAAAAUCCUCACCUUUUUCCAAGAAUAUUAACAAACUAGAAUCUGUGAAUUUUUUUGUUUUUUAUUUAAUUUUAUAUAUAUAUUUUUUUUUUUUGAAGAAUAAUGUUAAACACUGUUCACUGGUGUUACUUAAUGCAACUAAAGUUCUACCAUGUUGAAUUCAUUCCUGGAACUGUACGAUGCAUUUCAGCAGAAUCCAGGAGUUCACCACUGUAUACGAUGGCUUACUAGGGUCAUUCACUGAGCCAAUAAAUGAUCUCUGCUCUUCGUACUUAUCUGUUCUGCUGUAGGCAUCUGGCGCAUGAAAUGAGGCAGAGCAGCUAAACUCCUUAAUGACUCGAACAGGUCAUUAACCCGUUACAUUCACUUCUAUCAGAAUGGUGUGAAAAAAAUAGCAGCUUCAAACAAUGUAAAAACUGAUACAAAUCUUAUCAAAAUACUGGCAUGUGUAUGCUUUGUGCUUUACAUUAUAGUCGCUAAGAUUGUCUGUCUAACGCUGGUGUCCUCUUUAGGCCCACAAGUUGAUAGCCAAAAUUCUUUUAAAAGCCAUAUUCUUAAAUAUCUGAAAUUGUAGGAAGCCACGUUACUGGAAUGCCUUAAAGCGUGGUUGCCUAUAGGUUAUAUUUAAAGUGCCUGUCAGUUUCCAGGAGCAAAUACGAUGUCCUUUUAAAACUUUGCAGAUUACUUGGUUAGCUCAGGGAAACCACGUAAAGAAUUUAUUACAGAGCCUGGUGUCAUUUGUAAUAUCAGAAUUUUUUUUUUGUGAGUUAUUUUAUUCUUCCUUACACACUAAUUAUCACCUAAAAAUCCACUUAUAAUGUAUCAAUCUGUAAUUUAAAUAUUUUAAUAAUUUUGUUUACAAAAUGUUUUGUCUAGAGCUGUUUAAAUCCUGCGUUUAUUGUAUGUAUUUUACUGCAGUGGUAAAUUCUACUUUUCCCCCACUACAAAAUUAUUACAGACUGACAGUUUUGGGACUGGUGUGACUGGGAUUUAAAGUAAAAAAAAAAAAAAAGGAGAAUCUUGAUAGCCAUUUGCUUUGACCCAAUGAGUUUGGCCACCACCUGUGUGGCUUGCAGCAGCUGGUCUGUCUCACGUUACACGUCUAUAAUUAUUUCAGCUGUCUAUGGAUAGAAUUCACUCUUCUUCUACAACCCAUUGGCUACUUGAGUCCUAUAGCAAUUUAAUCACUGUAUUAUAGACAGUUGGUCUCUUGACUGUCCAGUGUGCAACUAUAAUUAAAUGAUACCUCCUGAAGUUCAGAACAGAAAGGUGCAAAUAAAAUAUAUACAGAUGGUUUUUGUUUUACGCGGAACACAAUUGUAGCACUUUCAUAUAUGUAUUUCAGUUUCACUAUUAAAAUGUUGUAAAUUAAAAUUCAUUAAACUCUAUUUUGAUAUUGA